UCUCUCAUUUCAUAUACCAUACCUCCCAUCCUAAGAUACAAACCAAAACCUCUCUUUCCCACCCUUAAAGCCAUGGCCAUCUCCAAAACUCUCAUUGCUUCACUUCUCAUUUCUCUUCUUGUUUACCAGAUUACUGAGGCGGCGACCACCAGCGGCGACGGAGCGAGUUCUCCGACCGAGAAAAUGGAUUGCGGGGCAGCAUGCAGUGCGAGGUGUAGGCUGUCGUCGAGGCCAAAUCUGUGCAAAAGGGCAUGUGGGACUUGCUGCGCUCGUUGCAACUGCGUCCCUCCAGGCACUUCUGGUAACCAAGAGAUCUGCCCCUGCUACGCCAACAUGACCACCCGUGGCAACAAACGCAAGUGCCCUUAAACCACUGCUUAAGGUGGAACCCGGCAGGUUGAAAUAAAGGGCCCUUUAAUAAUUAAUAAAUGAGUAUGAUAGAUUGUAUAUGGUCUGAGUGGCUUUCUCUUUCGGUGUGGGCUCUUACCAAGAACAGUAGUACUGGAGAACAAUCGCUCUUGUUGUCUUCCUUCUACCAUACGUAAUAAUAAUUAGGCAUUUCUAUGGUUUACAAUUCAAUCCCCGUAAACUUGUGUAAUAUAUUGAGUUGAGAAGAAAUAAGAAGUACUUUCCCUGUUAGUUUAA